UUCAGAUUUGAAUUUCUUAUUUUUUACAUUAUAUCAUGUUUCUUUAGGUAAUAUUACGUUGAUUUGCUUAGGUUUGGAUGCACGAUUCGGUAUGCCUCAGAAACCCUUUAAAUUACUUGAUUGAAAUUUUACACGCUCGCGGUGCGAGUGAUCAUAGUUGCUUAUAGUCUUCGAAAAUCAUUGAGCGAGUGCUGAAAAAUCACCUGUUACUUCAAUAUCUUAGGUGCCUUAACCUUUCAUGAUGGUUACCAGACUCUUCGCAUCGAAGAACUCGAGUUCUCAGUCGUCCCGAAAAAAUUCUGCUCCGAACGAUCCUCCCCCACCGCCUCCGCCUGCUUCGAACAAACCCACCAAGACUACGUUCUUUUCGAGCAUAGGCAAGCCUCCUCGAAAGCGACCUACCAACUUGCCCUUAUCGCAGCCUAAGGCCGGACAGCAACAUCCUCCUCAGUCUUAUCGAUCACAGUACUCCUCGAAAACACCUCCCGCGUCGACUUUCCGGGCGCCAGGGCAUUUAAGGCCGAGCCAUACGGACUGUGGCCAUGCAUCGGCCUCGGCAUCCAGUUGUGGGGGUCGACUCCCCAUUCAACAGCAAGCCUGUGCUCAGCCUCGGCCAACUCAUCUGCCUUCAACGUACUUGAGCUUUGCAGACUCUGAUUCGAACAGCAGCUAUUUGGAUCUCAUCAGAGCUCGAAGUGACGAAUCUCUACUAUGGACUGCCGAACAAGAGGCGUCCGCACUUGUUGCUGAGCUUCGCGCAUCAUUGAAUUGCAACAGCGUAAGCUCUGACAACAACCUCAACUCUCUGGGCAAGCAGGGGAAUUUUGCUAUCGGCAAAGAGACUAAUCAUAAAUUAAAUCCUUACCAGCUCAGACCUGAACGAACUGACGACUCGGAUGAUGUUGGAUCAGGCGGCCUGGUUGACGGAGGCAAGCAUCACGACCAAGUUCAGUAUAUCUAUUCUUCCUCCAAUGAUGCUUUGGGUUCAGCGGACAGCAACCCAUUUCAACGCUCUUUCUCAGUUCAGAAACGCAACUCCGACGCUCGGUUAGCCGCUCAAAAACUGAAUCACUUGCCUCCACCUCGGUCUCUGUCGUUCACGGACCUGCAAUCAGCUGUCGAGUUGCUUCCUUUGAAUCGACCCGAUCACUGUCGGCUACUGCCCGACAAGGAUGAAGAAUCAGCUAUGGGUGUGAGCUGCAGUGGCAGUCUCAGUUGCUGCCAUACUGCUGCUGGCCCUGGCACGCACCGAGACCUGCUAUGUGAAUCUCCACUCAGAAAUUUCGGUGGAUCUUGGAAAAGUUUACUUCGAGUUGGCGCUAUGAGCGGCAGAACGGCGGCUAAACCUCCUGGCGCUGGCAUCAAGAAGGUAGCACCUCCAACAGUUCCUGGCCACCACCUGCAGCACGCUUCUCACCUGCAGCACCAUUCCUCCAGCUCAGAUCCUACAACUCCUUCCCUAACCCCCACUCACGGACCUGCCGCCCCUACCCUCAUUAUACCUUCUCCUCAAUCGAACCUUCCCUCGCUGACACCUGACACUCCGACCAGCAGCACCAGUGGCGGCAGCAGCGCGGGAAAUAACUACAGACACUCUGGAUGUUCAUUCCACUCAUCCUCGACUUCUUCUUCAGGAGUUUACACAGACCAGAGGGCUUCCUUUAGCUCCUCUGUCAGCAGCUCUGAAGACGCCGUGAGCACCAACAGCAGCAAUCCGCCUCCGUCGCCCUGCAGCCCUUCCUCAGGCACAAGUAGCAUCGAAGGCCGCAGCACCAGUGCCAGGCUGGGACCGAACACUGGGAGCUGCAGCGCUGCGUCUCCUGCUCAUUACAUGUCCAGCAUGCAACAGCAGAACGCCGGGCAGUUCACGUUCCCGGUGCCGCCAUCCAACGGUGGUCAGAGCCCCGCCGCUCCUCAGUUUGCCCAUUUGCUGUGCAAGUCGCAAGGUCCCAAUUCACCUCACCAUCAAAACAGCCAUCAUCACCAGCACCAGCAUUCUGGUUCUCACGCACAUCAACAGAUCUCCGUUGAAGAUCAAGGCAUCGACGUACAGUCGCCUGCGCGUUCCAGCAGCCCAGGAUCUGGUUCUGGAUCUUCCAGCACUGGAUCAACGGCUUCCACUAGCUGCUGUCGCAAUUCCACCACGUCACUGGACUCAGGACGGGCCUCCACUUCUACUCACCACCACCAUCAUCAUCCGCAUCAACAACACAGACUUAGCGGGCAGAGUUAUGACAGCGGCAGCGGCAACGGCAACUGCCUUCGCCGCAGCUGCCACUCGUCCAGCAGCAGCAUCGGGUCCAUUGAUUCUCCUGUACUGAACGUCAAUGAUCUCCUCAACAAUGGAGUUAGGGACUCAGAGGUCCUGCGAGCUUGGUUGUCGGAGCUGCACCUAGAGGAACACACUGAUAAGUUCAUCAUAGCAGGCUAUGAUUUACCGACCAUCUCGCGUGUCACACCUGAAGACCUCAACGCCAUCGGCAUCACCAAGCCUGCACACCGCAAGAAACUCAAAGCCGAGAUCAGCAAACUCAACAUCAGAGACGGACUUCCCGACUACAUUCCGGCGACGCUGGAGGAGUGGCUGGCGGUGUUGAAGUUGUCCGAAUACAACGCUACGUUGCAGCGCCAGGGAUAUCGAACGCCCGUGCAGAUGCUGCAGGUCAUGUGGGAGGAUCUUGAGGAGAUGGGAAUAACCAGGCUUGGCCACCAGAAGAAGGUCAUGUUGGCCAUCAAGAGAAUCAACGAUAUCAAGAGUGGCAAGAAGUUUUCAAGUAAUCAGUCUCCACUACAACAGCUACCGCCACAAGAGAUUGUCUUGAUCAACAGAGCCGAAGGAGGCGCGGAUAACUGCUACUCUCCAAUCGGUGACAUGAGGACUUUUUCUGGCCAAGCUAGCUACUCAGCGCGAGGCCCAGCCGAACCCUACAACCACCAGCGCUCUGGUAGCGGUGCCAGCACUAGCAGUGCUACAAACUACAACUCUAGUGGCGCCCAGUUCAGCCCAUGUGUGUAUCGCUCGUACAGCGUAGGUGCGACCAGCGCCAUUACGCAGCAGCAUCACGACACAAUAAACGCAUCGCCUCUUCAUCGGCAACUUCCCCGCCAACAGUCUCUUCAUGCAACUCAGUUGGCACCCGGCAGUGGCAGCACCCGACCUCCUUCCGUCCAGUACCGUCCGGAUGUGGUGGCUGUGCAAGUCAAUCCUCAAGUUAGGAGAAGUAAGGACGGUAUUUUUGAAGAACCUAUUUACUCGACGUUUCAUCCUGAAAACAAUCGACUAAGUCAAUAUCACCAACAGUUUACGCAGCUUCCGAAUUCUUGCGAUCAAUUUUCAUCGCUGCCUUCAAGACCAAAUUUACCUCCCAUGACGAGCUCUUUUCCUCCGCGGUCUCUCGAUGAUGGGGAUAUUACCCCCACUAAUGAGAUGGUCAUGUACGAAGGAGGUGGUGGCACAUUACCUAGACAAAGAUGCUCCAACAAUAAAGUUCGGCCAGUCGCCAAAGUCACUGCAAAAACUAGAGUGGACGUUCACCAGGAAAUGUCAUACGAAAGCGAUUCUAGCCAUUAUUGUGCAAUGGAAGAUGGUAACCAGCAAGUCAAAUCAGAUCCUCUUAAACCUGGUAUUAAUCUGAACAAUCUCGAUAAGGUUAAUAAUGUAUAUAAUAUUAUGCAUGCGCACAGCACUAAUAAUACUCCUCAAGGUACUCCUAAAAAGCUCCCACCUCCGCCUCCCAGGCGAUCCAAUUCUGUUAGCGAGGCAAACAAACAAGACUCCGUGCAAAGCACCUUCGCCAAAGGAGUUUCUAGUCAACAGAAUUCUAACAUCGAUGCAUCAGGCUGCAGCAAAAUGGGUCCUCCACUCAACAGUAAUGUUUUAAAUUCGCGAGACGGAUUCUUGAGGCGCAGUUUUAACUAUGGUUACAUGGGCGUCAAGAAUAACCUUCAGCCUGACAUAUCAUCCGACCUUCCUCCACCUCCUCCAGCGCCGCACGAUGUGGGCAACCAUCAAUUCAUCCACCACCAUCAUAGUCACCGCAGGUCCCAGGACCAAAUGAUGGUCACGCCUGAGGAACCAGCGGAUGACGCCCCGCCAUCUGGUGUUGAUUCUUCCGCUCCAGCUCCUCUUUCUAGAGAACUUAGUAAUAACUCUUCAACGCACGCGUCCGGUUCCGCUACGUCAACGGAACACGAAGAUAACGCUGUAUCAAGACCGCGACGGAAUGAUUCGACUGUGUCUAACUGCAGUAUGAAGUCAACGUCGAGUACUGAUUCAUCGGACAGCAUACCCUUCGCCAACGACAACGCUGGCACCAUCAAACAGCGCUACAACGCUGCCCCUCCCCUUGGCGUUCCUGGGCAUCACGUCAUUACGCCACAUCUGCUCCCUGGUUUGGCAUCUCCUGUGCCCUCGCCCUCCACCCUCAGAAGGGUUGGCAACCCACACAGGGCAUCUAUGCACAAAAAUAGCCCUGCUCGUUCUGCUGUUAAAACGACGGAAGAAGGCAAUGUGGAUGUUCUGAACGAUAUCGGCAACAUGCUCGCCAACCUCACUGACGAGCUCGACGCUAUGUUGGAGCAAGAAAUGGCUGCGUAAUUCAUAUUGUAAAAUGCAAGAGUGUACGUCAACCUUCGGUUUUACUCGAAAUCAUGCCGCAGGAGGAACAAAGUUAGUAGUUCUCUUAUGAGCAACCCUUGCAGUGGUCACGGAAUAAUCGUAAUUUUUUCUAUUAAAAUUUAGCAAUUCCCUCCUAAAUAGUACGGUUUUGUAUCAAUGCUUGAUUGCUUGUUGAAUCUGCCUACCCAUUAUAAGAAAUGUUGUGAUCUCAAGACUUGUUUACUGCGUUUUUAGUUAACGAUGCAACCGAAUUAUCAUUCUCUCGGUCAAGGAGCGAAUGUUUCCAUUGAACUUCAACUUGAAUUUCUAAGCAAUGAAAAGGCUCAACUUGCUUCAUGUUUUGUUUUACAGAUCCAUUUUAAAUGGUGAUUAUGUACGAUUUUUUUUGUAAUGAACGGAAUUAAUCUAAAUUAUCUAAUUUUUCUAAGAUAUGAGUAGAUGCGUGAAUAUUUUCGAGCCUCUUGCGACUGAUGUUUUCUACUAUA